CUCUCCUUUAGAGCUUCACAUUUAGCUGCCCUGAGUUUAGAGUGAGGUUUAAUUUUCCUUUUCACUCUAAGUGGUGUCGACCAGCUGCCACUCAUAGUUUCUGGGCAACUUUUUCAAAGAUCCAACCAUGGGUUGUGGGUCAGCUUUAAAAUCUGCCAGGAGAGUCGUGGUGAAUUUGUUGUCCUGGUUGUUGUACCACAGAAACUACUUCAUCAUUAUUCUCACUCCGAUUGCACUCCUUCCUCUGCCAAUCCUCAGCCCGACAUCGCAAGCAAGAUGCGGGUACGCCAUUAUCCUCAUGGCUCUGUUCUGGUGCACAGAGUGUAUGCCGUUGGCUGUGACUGCACUCCUGCCGGUCGUCCUCUUCCCUAUGAUGGGCAUCAUGAAAGCUGGAGAUGUCAGCAUCGAGUAUCUGAAGGACUCCAACAUGCUGUUCAUCGGGGGCCUGCUGGUGGCCAUCGCAGUGGAGCACUGGAACCUUCAUAAGCGUAUCGCUCUACGAGUUCUGCUGCUGGUCGGCGUUCGGCCUUCCCUGUUAAUGAUCGGGUUCAUGAUCGUCUCGGCCUUCCUGUCCAUGUGGAUCAGCAACACGGCCACCACGGCCAUGAUGCUGCCCAUUGCACACGCCGUGCUGAUGCAGCUGAAAGUCACAGAGGCCAAGGCUGACGCUCGAGACGCCCAGGCUGCUCGGGACAACGAGGCCUUCGAGCUGGAGGAGAGAGAAACGAAGGGAGAAACAGAAGAGGACGAGAAACAGGAAAAACAGGAAAAAAUCAUAGUUGAGACAAAGGACCAAGUGUAUGAAGUUGAGGUGAGUCCAGAUGUUCUGGAUGAGGUCAAGAUGAAAGCAAUAGACGCAAAGUACGAUCUCCUCACCAAAGGAAUGAGUCUGAGUGUGUGUUACUCCGCCAGCAUCGGGGGCACUGCAACGCUCACCGGCACCACCCCGAACAUCAUCCUUAAGGGUCAAAUCGACAAGCUCUUUCCUAACAACGGUGAUGUGAUCAACUUUGCCAGCUGGUUCGGCUUCGCUUUUCCCAACAUGGUGCUCAUGCUGGUGCUGACCUGGUUCUGGCUUCAGUUUAUGUUCCUAGGCUUCAACCUGAAAAAGUCAUUUGGCUGCGGCGAAAAAAGCGAGAGAGAUAGGGAGGCAUACGCCGUGAUGAAGCAGGAGUAUAAAAAGCUGGGGAGGAUGAAGUUUGCUGAGGUCAUGGUGCUCAUCAUCUUCAUUCUGCUGGUGCUGCUGUGGUUCACCAGGGAGCCAGGCUUCAUUGACGGAUGGGCGACAGUGCUCUUCAAUAAGGAUGGACCGUUUGUGUCUGAUGGAACCAUUGCUAUCUUAAUGUCGAUGCUCUUCUUCGUCGUCCCCUCCGAGCUGCCCAGAUGUGGAGGCUACGGUUAUAAUGCAAAAGGUAAAUUGAUCAAGGCUCCUCCGGCUCUGCUGAACUGGGAGGUGGUGCAUGAGCGCAUGCCCUGGAACAUCAUCCUGCUGCUGGGAGGAGGUUUUGCUCUCGCUGCUGGCAGUGAGGAAUCAGGUCUGUCCAAGUGGCUGGGAGAGAGUUUAGCACCUCUUGAGAAAAUCCCUCCGUAUGCCAUCUCGAUGCUGCUCUGCCUGCUGGUGGCGACUUUCACAGAGUGCUCCAGCAACACAGCCACCACCACCCUGUUCCUGCCCAUACUGGCCUCAAUGGCCAUAGCUAUUAAGAUACACCCGUUGUACGUGAUGCUGCCCUGCACCAUCGCCGCCUCUUUAGCCUUCAUGCUGCCUGUGGCCACGCCUCCAAACGCCAUAGCCUUCUCCUUUGGAAACCUCAAAGUCUUCGACAUGGUGAAAGCCGGCACCAUACUGAACUUCAUUGGGAUUUUGACCAUUAACCUCGGCAUUAACACCUGGGGAUACGCCAUGUUUGACAUGGGCACCUUCCCAGCCUGGGCCAACGUUUCAAGUACCACUCCAUGAAUAAAGGAGGACAGCAAAAAACAGAUCUGUGACAUAAUCCAAAAUACUUGUGACUAAAGAAGCAACAUCCAGAGUAUAGAGGAGGAUUAAACAAGGUAUUAUAUACAGGGAAUUAAGAGCUUCAGCAAGACUGUGAACAAAUACCAACACUGCUCGAUAACUGGAAGAAAAUACCAAAUACUCAACACUCAAAUAAUCUACAAACUUGUACUGCAAUAAAACCAGGACUUCAGAAUAGAUGGUGAGAGCUCUACUAGUAAGCUGACAUGAACUGUCUACAACUGUACUUCCUGUUAGUGUUAAGUAUCUCCAGCUUCAGUGACUGAAAAAAACAAUGUUUGUUGAGGUCACAUCUUGUACACAUUUCCAUGACUGUGAUUUCAUUGUAUGUAUUUAUAAUGUAAAUAAUGCAAAGGUGUAGUACACGUUGUUUGUGUGAUAAUUUUGAAUAUCAUGAUAAUUUCAUACCAUGUUGUAUUUACAGAUAAUAUUUGAAUGAACCAAAAUGUGAUUAAUUGUAUUUUGAAAAUGUAACUUAUUAACUUGGUCGUCAUAUUGGACCUUAAGUCUGAUCAUUUUGUUUAUCUGUGUAUUUCUCAUACUGUUAUAACCACGAACAAGC